CGCAAUGGCUCUGGAGGAGUCCACGUUCGAAACCCUCGUCCCUUCCCGCUUCAUCACCUUCACAUUCCCCGAUCCUCCUCCUCCCUCCGCCUCCGCCUCCGGCGACCGCCGCCGCCUCCUCCGUGUCGCCGUCCUCGACUCCCCCGUCCAACCACCAGCCGCCCCGCCGUGGGUCGCCGCCAUGCUCGUCCCCUCCCGUCGCGAGCGCGACUGGAUCUUCUCCACCGAGCCCGGCCACUUCCAGCUCCUCCUCGGCACGCCGGGCCUCUCCCGCCUCGUUCUCAUCGGCGAGGAUCCGGUCGACGGACGCGGCUCGGGUCUCGGAUUCCGCCGUCGGACCGAAUGCGAUCGAUCGCGUCGGGAUGGUCGUGAAGAGAGCUUGGGGCGUCUGGUUUUAGCUUUGUCUCCGAGGGUUUGCUUCGAAAGCGGAGUUCCGGAGGUAACGUUCUUAAGCUAUGAAGACGAUUUGGUUGCUAGUGUGGUGCUUGAAGUGUGCAUUGGUGAGUUUGUCGGCGAAAUGUUAGUCGAAGAUGUGGAGAUAGAGAGGGGCGGUGGUUGCGGAGAGAGAGAGUUUCGAAGGAGGUUGAGGUUCAAAAGAAUGCCGAAUUUGGUUCAGACUCAAGUCCGUAUCGUACCGCGAGAGGAUCGUGGUGAGACGGAGGGAGGUUUUGGAAUCGAGGAUAUGCAAUUCAGGAUUGAUGCUGGAGUCUUGGUGCAUCCGUAUUUGGCUCCCAUGGUGGCGAGCUUAUCACUGAUUGGUUUUCACAUCGAUGAACGGAUUCGGAAGGGGUCAAGGCCGAAAGCAUUUUGUGCUGGCGUCGGAGGUGGUGCUUUGCUUGCUUUCUUGAGGGGUCAGUUGGGUUUUGAGGUCUUGGGAGUAGAUGUUGAUGAGGUGGUUUUGAGGAUUGCGAGACAGUAUUUUGGGCUUGAAGAUGGUGACUUUUUGCGUGUUGUAGUUGGGGAUGCAAUAGAAUGGAUGGAAAGACUUGCAAGCUGGAAAGCCGAGGGCACUUUGGGUGCCGUGUGUAGUCAUGAUUUGAGUGUUGUUGAUGGUAUUGGUGGUAAAUUUGAUGUUAUUAUGGUGGAUUUAGACUCAAGUGAUGUUUGUACUGGUAUGGUGGCUCCACCUUUAGAAUUUGUGAGGAAGCCCGUUCUGCUGGCUGCCAGAUCACUCCUUUGCGAGUUUGGAAUUCUUGUAAUUAAUGUGAUUCCUCCUGAUAGGUUGUUUUAUGAGACAAUGAUUAAUGAAGUGAGGGAUGUCUUUCAUGAUCUGUAUGAAAUUGAUGUGGGGAAUGGGGAAAAUUUUGUGCUUAUUGCCACAGUGGCAUCUACUAGGGAUUGUUCUGGGAAUGAUGUUUCAUUUAUCAUGAGGUUGAACUCAGUACUUUCUGGUGCUUACAUGGACUCCAUUAGGAAAAUCUAAAGUCCUAAGGAAAUGCAAGUUUACUCUAGGAGAAAAUAAGAAAUUCUCAAAUCAUUCCCAUCAAGCAUAACUGGAGAAAGGAUUACUGUACCUUUGGCACACGGUAAGAGCUUAAUAGUUUUUCUCAACAGAUUUUUUGGCCUUGGUUAUCAUCCUUGAACCCUCAUUUCCUGGGAGCUGUGGGUUCGUUACUUUGGCGGUGCUAGUUCUAAGGGUUCAUGAGUUUGUUGGUGCAUGAGUGUGGUUUUCGAGAUACCCUGAACAGACCACAACAUAACUUGGAGAGGUCACUGUGGUUUUGAGAUUGAGACUGAUUAUUAGCUAUGGUGGUUGUCUUUGGACUAAUGUUGUUGUUACAAGAAAGCCUUGGGGAAGGAAUUGUUUCCAUCACCGCAGAUAACCAGAAGUGGAAGUUGUCAUUUGGUUAGGAAUGUUGAAUCCGUAGAAUGUAGAGCUCCAUUUGGCUGUGGAGAGAUGAAUGGCUAGUGCCAAGCACACUUAUAUGGAGGUCAGCAAAUGCAAAGUAACAGAUGGUAUUCCCUAUUAAUGUGGAGCGCCCAUUCGGAAAACAAAAGCACUGUUCAGGGUUAGCAAUUCCCUCGGCAAUCUGCAUGAGAAAGAAUUCAUUGAUGAUGAACAAGAUGCAGGGAAGACACGGAUUGAUUUACUCUGAUGGUUUCCUUCCGGAAGUGAUGCAGAAUCUGUUUCUGCUUCAUUGUGUUAAUCCAAAAAGCCUGCUGGAGUUAUGGAAUAGCCACUAAUGGAAGUUAAAUGGGGCCGUUGCUGUUCAAUUGAAAGAGGAGGUUCGAGUGCUGGUAGAACGCCCUUCUUGUUACAGUCGAUAGUUGGGACAUUUUGAAGGAAAAGAUGCAGUCGAGCUUUUGAGGAUGGUGAAGCCACC